AUGGCGUGUUACUUUGUUGACGAACAUAAUGCUGAUAAUGCAAAGGCGGUAACCGAUCGAGCUGAAUGUAAACACGUAAUCGCGCUCGUGCAGCCAGUUAACCUGCUGCUCGCACUGUUCAAUUUACCGUUCUUGACGGGCAACGACAACGCGAGAAGCAUGAUUAUGCAUAAUCAUAUACUAAAUUCAUCAGUACCACUGACAUCUGAAAAUACUCAAAAAACACUUUGUGGUCAUUUACAUCAAAAGAUAAAUCAUAGUUCAGAAAGACUUCUAAAAUUAGCUCCGUAUCCAAUCUUAGGUACUGAUCCUAGCUUGAAAAAUUUAAAUUUCUCAAAUAAAUUAUCAAGAUCUCUCCAUUCAAUAGAUACUCAAAAAACACUUGAUGCUAAUCUACAUCAAAAGAUAAAUCUUAUUUCAGACAGACAACUGAAAUUAGCUUUGUUUCCAAUCUUAGAUACUGAUCCUAGUUUGAAAAAUUUAAAUUUCUCAAAUAAAUUAUCAAGAUCUCUCCAUUCAAUAGGAAAUCAAAAGGAAAAAAAUAUUUCUGUACAACAUUCAGCCCUAAGAUUAAGUUUAUUUUCAAAUAUGCCUCCAUACAUACGAUUUUCUUCGCAUGAUAUAAAAGGUGAAUCAUUUCCAAAAGAUUUGCAAAAUGUUCUGAAAUGGAAACUACGUCCCAUUAGUCCAAUUGUUGUACGGCAUAUCAUUGAAAACAGUGGUUUUAAAUUAGUGAGAAGUGAGCUUUGCUUAGUUAAUAAUUUAAAUAAUCCUUCUGUCACUAAAGAUCAAUGUCAUCAAAAUUAUGUAUCUUUACAAAAACAUUAUGGUGUUACACCACCUAUUUUUGAUGUUUUUAGUGGAUUCAUGACGUUACCUCGAUCCCAAUCUAAUGAUUGGUUUGGAACCUGGGAUAAACAAAUGAAUUCAUUAUAUUUUAAAACUCUGCGUGAUCAACAAAAAUUUAAUCAUUUUCCGGGAACAUUUGAAAUUGGACACAAAGAUAAAUUAUGGAAAAACUUGCAUAGGCUUAUGUUGAUAUAUGGUGAAGAUCAAUUUGGUUUCAUACCUACAUCAUACAUAUUACCUCAUGAUCUUAGAAUCUUAAAACAAGUCUGGAAGAAAAAUGAUAAAUGGAUUAUUAAGCCGCCAGCAUCUGCUAGAGGAACUGGAAUUCGUGUGAUAUCAAAAUGGAGUCAAAUACCAAGAAAUAGAUAUUUAGUUGUACAAAGAUAUAUUGAUAAUCCUUUUUUAAUCAAUGAUACAAAAUUUGAUUUAAGACUAUAUAUCCUCAUUACUUCAAUCAAUCCUCUCCGGCUUUAUCUAUAUGAAAAUGGGCUUGUAAGAUUUGCUUCAGUCAAGUACUCAUCUGAUCUUACUACAAUAUCUGAUCGAUAUAUGCAUUUGACUAACUACAGUAUUAAUAGACUCGGUAGUCAGUACACUGAAAAUGAAGAUGCUGAUGCAUGUCAAGGACAUAAGUGGACAUUACGAUCAUUGUGGAAAUACAUGGAAAAAGAGCGUAAACUUGAUGUUAAAAAAAUAUGGGAUAGUUUGACCGAUUUAGUUAUUAAAACAGUAAUCAGUGGAGAACUGCCAAUAAGCCAAAAGUGUUCAUCAAACCUAGGCAACAGAUACAAUGCGUAUGAGUUAUUUGGAAUUGAUGUUUUGUUUGAUGAUGAUCUUAAGCCUUGGAUAUUAGAAGUUAACAUAUCUCCUUCUCUACAUACUUCUUCACCACUUGAUGUAGCAGUUAAAGGGCCAUUAGUUAAAGAUUUAAUGAAUAUGGUUGGUUACCAUAUACCAAAUAAAAUGUCACUUACUACAUAUAAUACAUUACUCAAAAUGUUAAGAGUUAAAUCACGACUAUGUUAUGAUAAAAGAUUAUAUACAUUUAAUUUAUCAGCUAAAGAAAGAAAAAAACAAGAAUAUUUUGCAAAUGUUAAAUCUAGAGAAGAAUAUAUUGACUCUAUAUUAGAAGAUCUUUUACCAGAUGAUGUUCGACAUCUUAUUACUUACGAGGAUGAACUCACUGAAAUUGGAUCAUUUCAAAAAGUAUUUCCAACUAAUUCAUCUUUUAAAUAUCAUGAAUUCUUUGAUGGUCCUAGGUAUUAUAAUAUGCUAUUUGAUGCAUGGGAAUGUAAAUAUAGUAAGAAUAGAGAAGAAGGUAUUGCUGUGUUAGAAAAAUUGUGUCAGUUAAAAGUUCAUUUAGAAGUGUCAAACAUUAACGAAGAAUAAUCAAAAACACCCACCAAAAUAUACAAGUGAAAGUUGAAAGAUCGAACAUUGUUAAAAUUGAUGACCAUCAACAAGCGGUCAUUAGACAGGAGCGGCAAAUUUAAUUUCGAAUAGGGGCGGAUUAUGUAAGCAAAAAAUUGUUAAAUCAGCUCCUGCUUCGGCCGUCGGCAUCUCUCCGUGCUCACGAUUCCGCAAUAUGAAUCCUACGCAAACAACGUAAUUGGACGGUUCGACCAGCGGUUUAGCACGUUCGUGUUUCACAACGCGAGAGUGGGUCAUUCACAUCGAAAAAAUCUAAGUACGCCAUUGUGUGUACCUAAUGACUCGUUACACCGAUAAAUAUAUAACGUUUUAUAAAUAAUAACGUUUUUUUGAUGAAAUAAAAGUACCUAUUGUCAACUACUUACCUACUUGACAAUAAUUCGUUUUAUUCUGACUUUCUAUUUUCUACAAAGUUUUCAAUUAAAAUAAAUUCCAUUAACUCGUUAAAUAUUGAACAGUAGUACGAGUAAAAUGCGAUGGACAGAAUAAUGUAGUUCAAUAUUAGGUAAUUCUAAUAUACCUAGUGAAGUGUUUAAAUUUAAUCAACGUACUAACGUUUUUCUUUUUGUUACAGUUUAGAAAAUAACUUUUAAGCUCUACAGAAGUUAUGUUAAAUGUUUCUGUGUUAAGUGCAUGUAUGACAUACCUAAUCAACCAUUAUCCUUUUUGUAUAAGUGUUCUAGCGUUCAAGAAUGAGAAAAUCUUUCACCAAUUUUUUAUUCGAAAACGUAAAAUAUAAUUUGAAGUUAUAAUUUUUACAAAAGGUUUUAUUUUUUAUAAUUUUCCCUCAUUGAUACUCCCCCCCCCAACCGUACAAAGAAUCCUUAACGCUUAAAUUAAGUAAAGUUAGGGAUAAAAACUCUUAUUCAUAGAAAUAAAUAUAAAUUCAGCGCACUUGUUAAAAUGUGUCUAGCAAUAAUAAUAAUCUAACAAUGGUAUGGCAUUACUCAUUAUUUCAAAAUUAGUGGCUGGUUUUCAACCAUCAUUUUUAAUUUCCUGUAUACAAAUAUAUUUUAAAUUUAUCUAUAUUGUAUUAUUAAUGUUAUUAGUGAACUCACUUUAUUUAGCAAUGUGUUUAAAUAUAAUUUACAUAAGAUAUAUUUAUCGAUUUUGAUUUUGAUACAUAAAUGAAGUAAGAGUUAUUUAUCUAAUUCGUAUGA